AUGCUCUUUCUGACCGCAUGUCUUAUGUGUGUGCAGGUGGACGUCACCCUCGUGGCGCACCUUGUACAACAGACGCGGAUGCGCCUGAAGACGCACUACUUCGACAGGUCCCCUGGUCACUUUUUUGGCAGCGGAGAGAAGAUGCAGCUGCCUGACUUCAUCAAGGCUCACCAGAAGAUGGAUAAGCGACAGAUGAAAGCGGAAGGCGUGGACGCGGACGGCAACGCCGUCUCCUUCGAAUUCACCCUGCACGAACGCCCCCUGCCAGGCCAUGAGACAGACGGUGAUGUAACCGCGUGCUUCGAGCUUUCGCUCAAGUUCAUCCGCAAAGUGGACGCGGAGCUGGAGUGGCGCAUGCGCGACCUCAACCUCCUCGAAGGCGCCAAGCUGUUUCGUACGGCGUCGUAUGUGGCCGACGACACCCAGCGGCUGGAGUCCUUCAGGAAGUGGCUUGGCCAGCUCCACAAGCUGUACAACCACAAGCUGCCUGGGUUCGACUACAAGCGUGCCGGCCAGGAGCUCUGGAUGUUUACCUCGACCAUGUUCUCCCAGCACAACGGCGAGGAGUUUCAUCAGGCGCUGGGGAACAUGCUGCGCGACGAGGCGUAG